UUGAUGAAAAUUUAACAAGAAAAAUCAGGAGGAAAUUAAUAGGAUGAAUAAUAAUACAAUCUCAAUCGUUAAGACUUUCGAUUAUUAUCUGUAAAUACAUUAAUAUGAUUAUAUUAGAACAAUAUUGACCAAAUUAAUUAAGCUUAACUGCUUUCCUCAUAGGUACUUAAUACCCAAUAAUUUAGAAAUGAUU